AUGUCUGCCCCACCUUUCGUUCCAUCAAUUCCCCCACCCCUUCCUCCAGUAUGGACCGAACACGUCGGUCCGAACGGCACCGUGUACUAUCACAAUGCCCAGACAAAAGAGUCAACAUACAUCAGACCGUUACCAACUUUUCCUAUCGCUCAGCAAGCACCGCCCCUCCCUCCGAAAAAGAAAGAAAAGCCUGCGGUCAAGACGCCCGUACCCGGCACUGAUUGGCUCCGGGUCACGACAAAUCAGGGCAAUAUCUUCUACACUCAUAAGAUCAAAAAGGAGAGUCUUUGGACCGUCCCUGAAGAAAUUCAGGACGCUGUCAAGGCGCUUGAGGCAAAGGAGCAGGAAGACAAGCUUCAACAGGAAAGGGGGAAGCUCGAGGAAAGUGCGAGGAGGGUGCAGCUGGAGAGGGAGCAAGAGAUCGCCAGGGUCAAGGCGGAAGUCGAGGGCGCAGUCAAGCGAAAAGCUGAACUUGAUGUUCCCGUUGACGAGGUCGUCGUCUCGAAGAAAGCUAGGGUGGACGACGACGACGACGAAGCUGACGACGAUGAUGAUGACGACAGCGAGGAAGAGGAGUGGCAAAAGGAGGCUGCUGCACAGUUGGCUGCAGAAGCGGAGGAGGAAAAGAAGCUACGAGAAGAAGAGGAGAAACGAGCCAGAGAAGAGGAGGAAGAGGCAAAGAGUAGGGAGAGUAAGCUCCAGCUCAAUAUGCCAGAGCGAGUUGAUCUGUCCGUCGAAGAGGGCAAAGCACUAUUCAAGACGUUGCUUCGAGAGAAGGAUGUCAAUCCUCUUCACCCGUGGGACACUUCUCUACCUCUCUUCAUCUCGGAUCCUCGUUAUGUUCUCCUCCCAUCCGUUGCCGCACGUCGCGAAGCAUUUGAUGAAUAUUGUCGUGACCGCGCGCGCGAAUUGCGGCGAUCCCAGGUCAAGAGGGAGAAGGAAGAUCCUAAGCAAGAGUUCGAGCGUCUCUUGAACGAGGAAGUAACAAGUACACGGACGAGCUGGACCGACUUCCGCAGGAAAUGGAAGAAAGAUAGGCGCUUUUAUGGGUGGGGGAGGGAUGAUAGAGAAAGGGAGAAACGUUUUAGGGAGUUCCUCAAGACCCUUGGUGAAAAGAAGAGGGCUGCCGCUCAGAAGGCCGAAGCUGACUUCUUUACUUUGCUCAGAGAGAGUGGCGCCGUGAAAGAGGGCACAGUAUGGAAAGAUGUGAAACGACAUAUUACAAGCGACCCUCGGUACGAUGCCGUAGGCUCAUCUUCGUUACGUGAAGAGCUCUUCAAUACUUUCCUCAAAGCUCAUUCGCUCGGCGCAACGCCGCCAGACGCCACACAACAAGAUUCUGAUGGAGGUGCCCUCGACGGCAAUGUUCCUGACAAAGGACGACAGCGCCAAGAACGCAUGGAACGCGCUGUCAAAGAACGCGAAGAAAAGAUCAAGGCGGAGAGAGGUCGUGUUGAAGCAAGCAUCCACCAGUCGCGCAUGGGUCUCACUAAAGAGGAGGGCGAACUGGAGUUCAGGACACUUUUGACAGACGCGAUCCGUGAUCCACAGGCAACGUGGGACGCGGCCCUCCCUCAGUUGAGAACAGAUCCACGAUUCAAUUAUUCGCCACUCCCCGUCAAUCACCAACUACACCUCUUUCAUACACACGUCGGCCAACUCCGUGCAAAGCACCUCAGUAAUUUACACGCGCUAUUCGAAUCGCAUGCGCCGUUGCUCUCGAUGAGCUUCUCUGCUCUUCCGCUGCCACAAUUACUUUCUUCAAUGCCUGUCACGAAGCUUGGCUUUGACAUCAGUGGGCUGGAGGAAGAGUUCGAUAAGUGGCAGAGACAGCGGACACAUGACGCUCGGAUGGCAUUCGACGAGAUGUUGCAUGAGAAUUCGUUCGUGGAAUUUUGGGGCAGGUUGGGUAAAAUUGGCGGAGAAGGUGUUGAAGGAGGAGUCAAAAGAGACGAUAUGGGCCUCGAAGACGAAGGGGAGGCUGGAGGCGGCAACGUUGAUAUGAAGACAUUGGCGAAGAACGUGGACAUUGGCGAUGUCGAGAAGGUCUUGAAGAACGACAAGCGCUACAUCAAUUUCGAACAUGUUCCAGAGCAAAGAGAGCGCUGGCUUCGGGAAUAUCUCUCUCAACUCUCCGCUCCAAAACUGUCAGUUCAUCUGGCGGACUCGAGCGUAUGAUGAGCCCCUGUUGUUUUUGCACUAUCCGUCAUUGGUUGUAGGUUUCGUGGUGAAACGUUCUCUUGCUGCGACCCAUCUUUUCGUGAGCUUGCUGCAUCGAGUAACACUUAACUAAGUUUUGUCAAAUCUAUUGGCUAUUUCAAUAUCUGCUAUCUCGAUGUUUGUUUUAUUUCGU